UCGCUACAUGUCCUGCCUUGCCCUUCUUUUCUGGCCCCUUAAGUCCCACUACUGAACAGUACAAGAGAUGCCAGGCACCGUGGGUACUGCCGGCCAUCUUUACCAUCCCCGCCAGUGGCGCUGCCUCCUCCGCGGUCCCGGUGAGGGCCCAGGCUCAGGGAGGUCAGGCGGCAGGGCAGUGACGGCGCCUCGCCACCGCUCCCCUAACCGGGGAGGGCGAGCUGGACCACGGGGACCGCACGAGGGCUGGGUCCCAAGGGCCAGAGGCGAGGUGAUUGCCCACAGUGAGUAUCAAAAGUCCAAAAGAAUUUCCAUCUUUCUGAGCAUGCAAGAUGAAAUAGAGACAGAAGAGAUCAUCAAGGACAUUUUCCAGCGAGGCAAAAUCUGCUUCAUCCCUCGGUACCAGUUCCAGAACAAUCACAUGGAUAUGGUGAGAGUAGAAUCACCAGAGGAAAUUUCUUUACUUCCCAAAACAUCCUGGAAUAUCCCUCAGCCUGGUGAGGGUGAUGUUCGGGAGGAGGCCUUGUCCACAGGUGAUUUUGGUUGGCCGCCUCUAGAUCCACUGUCUAUCUUUUCUACUUGCUUAGUGGCAAGGAAGACCAGCCUCUGUGGACUACAUCAGCAGGCAGCAACGAAGACCAGAGGCUGCAGGGGGACUUGAUCUCAUCUUCAUGCCAGGCCUUGGGUUUGACAAACAUGGCAACCGACUGGGGAGGGGCAAGGGCUACUAUGAUGCCUAUCUGAAGCGCUGUUUGCAGCAUCAGGAAGUGAAGCCCUACACCCUGGCGUUGGCUUUCAAAGAACAGAUUUGCCUCCAGGUCCCAGUGAAUGAAAACGACAUGAAGGUAGAUGAAGUCCUUUACGAAGACUCGUCAGCAUCUUAAAUCUGGAUUACUACAGCCAAAUAAUCAGUGUUUUAUAUGAGAGUAAAGCAAAGUAUGUGUAUUUUUGCCUUGUCAAAAAUUAGUUGAAAUUGUUCAUUAAUGUGAAUACAGACUGCAUUUUAAAAUUGUAAUUAUGAAAUACCUUAUAUAAAACCAUCUUUAAAAACCAAUAGAAGUGUGAAUAGUAGAAUAUUAAUUAAAAUGGAGGCUAUCAGCCUGUGAUUUUCAGCUUAACUUCCUGGUGUUAAUGUGACAAGUUGAUCUGUCUACUUUGCAAUUUAAGUUAAAUAUUUAUGAGGAACUGUGCUCCGACUGAGUGCGAGAGGAAGGUAAACUUGCAGGAGUGGGCACUGUAUUUCAUUAUGCCUGUCAUGACCUGGUCUGUCCUGGCAGGCACAUGGAGACUUGGGGACUAUUAAUUUAUUUGUUGGUAUUUGCUUUGGAUACAGAAUUCCCUAAGAAUAUUAUCUCACUUCAUCAUGACUUCCUUUACCCACUCUAGAAUUUUAUGUUGGACACUUUGUAGCUUUUGGUGGUUAGUGGAGGGAAACCUUUUAUGAUUUAAAUACUUUCACUCCACUGAUUGGUUACCAUCACUGCAUGUAUCAGCCCUUGAUGAGUUUAAGAUCUAGUAUCUUAUAAGUUAGAAAUUAUUUCUGUUUACUCAUGGUUUCUGCUUUGGAAAUGAAAUUUGCUGUGGGUUGAAAGUUGGCAGAUGGCAACACAGCUAGGGAGCAAUAAUUUUGUUGUAGGGAGGAUUUGGUCAUCUCCAGAAACCCAGGAGUCUUAAUAGACGUGGCUCUCUUACUCACACGCCAUGCCCAUCCUGUCACCAGGUCUUGUUGAUUUUGCCUCUGAAAUGCCUCUUAAAUCUAUUCUCUCAUUUCAAUUUUCCUGUCACUCCUUUUGUCCAGCCUUUUAGCAUUUCUAAGCUGGACUAGGUGAGAGUGUCACACCUGCUUCCCUUGGCUUCCAUCUUGCCUCUUCCAGUUUAUUUCUCAAGCUGCAUUCAAACUGAUCUUAGAAAACACGAAUCUAAUCAUGCAGCACCCCUGACUAAGGUCUUCCAGUGGCUGUUCAGAGCCUCUUGGGUAGCAAACAGAUGGCUUCUGUUGUAUACAAAGCCCCUUAAGAGAGGUCUCCUCAUCUACUUUUUCUAGCCUCUUCUCUUCCAACUCUUGUAUUCUCCUGUAACACUGACUGAGCGCUGCAGGCUUCUGCCAUUUGCACAUAGUAAGCAUGCAUUUCUCUCUGUCUGAAAUGCUCUUUCUUUUGUUCAUCUAGAAGACUGUUUUCCCUUGAAGACUCAGCCCUAGCAUCACCUCUUCUGUGAAGUCCUCUGCUACUUUCCCAAGCAGAGUGAGUGUUCCUUCCCUUGUCUGAGUGGCCUUGGCCAUUGAUCUGCUUAUCAUGUUGUCUUAUGUAUCAAAUUAUUUGUUGUCAUAUCUGUCCCCUUCACCAUACUGUGAGCUCCAAAGAAAAGAAGUGAUCUUUAUACUUCUUAUGCUUAGUAGACAACUAGACAUAUAGUGUGUGUGUGAGAGAGAUAAUUUUUUAAUGAAAUAAUUGAAUACAUUGCAAGUGUUUCAUUCAAAAUACUCAUCCAUUAUUCUUUGGAUAGUAGCAUAAAUUUGAUGUUUUAUGUACAAAAGUAAAAACAUUUGAAAAAUAUCAGGCUGAAUAUGGAUUUGUACAAUAUAAUAUGUAUGAUGAGGAAAGGGAAGGAAACUGAAUUCUCAGAAGCUAUGAAGUCACAUUAUUGUACUGGUUAAAAAUAUUGUUAAGUAUUAUUUCGACUAUAAGGUUAAAGUGAAUGUUAAUGUAGCUGACAUGACUGUUGGUCUGAAAUGGUAGAGCAGUAAAAUUCCUGACCUGCUGCAGGUCUGGAAAGUUUGGCAUUGUU